AUGAAUGUCAAUCAACCUCAGAUUUAGCCAGUAUUUAAAAAAAAGAACAGGAGGCGAAAGUUAAUGAGGGCCACUAUGGAGGAAGUUUUUGAGGUGUAGAUCACUGUCGAAUAGCUCAAUAAGAAAAAUUCAUUGACAAAGAGGAAGACUAAAUUAUUUCCAUCAACUGAUAGAUAUGAACCGAACAUGCUCUAUGUAUCACCAAAAUCUAAUUUAAAACGUGAUUUCCAAAAACGGCAAUAGAGUAACGAGGAUCGUGGAGGCUCAAUGGUGAUCUAAGAAAAUCCAUUACUGUAAUCUUUGAGUAGUAUAGCAAACAGCAGCAGUUCCUUUUUUACGCAUUUCGAAUAGCGGAAAAAACCUGAGACCCAAGUGACAGAUGCAAACGGCAAUGGGCCUUAAGUAACCUAUGUGAACAUGCACUCAAUGAGUGAAAUGAACUAUCAAUUUAUCAAGUAUUUGGAAUAAAAUAUCUAUGACACAAAGACAAUUGAACUUUUCAAGCAUCUCAAAACAGUUUCUAUGGUAAAGAAAGAUAACCUGUUUCAAGCAUUUAGGGUUUCUAAUAAGACUGGGGCUGAGAGAUUAAUAUACUAAGGCUAAACAAAGACUAAGUUGAAGCUAAUAAAAAAGUAUUGCUGCUCCCGACCUGUCGAAAUUGAAGUUGUAGAAAAGAAAAUAUUUUUCAUUCAUUCCAAGAUUGACGUUCUAGAAUGCAAUAUAAGACUUGAAUAUCAGAAGGAAAAAAGGAGCAUGAUCAAGAAGUUACUAUUUUCUAGGAAGUCUCGAACUUAUCGAAUUUCAUUAGAUAACCUCAACAGUAACUCCAAAAUCGGUUAUAUAGAAGUUAAGGGGCGAUAGUUUACCAUCCUAAGCAAUCAUAAACGCCCUCUUUAUGAAUUAGAAGUAAAUAUUGCAGGUAAUAUCACCAUAAGAUUCAGUAAGAGUUAGACUAAUGCAGACUAAAUAUUGUAAAAAAGAUCCGAGGACGAGAUAAACAUAACUUUUCCAAACUACCUGAGCUGGUAGGAAAAAGUGCUAAUCUUCUCCUGCAUUACAUAAAUUUUAAUGCGACUUUAUUGA